GCCGCUCUCUGGCCCUUUAGGAACACGGCCGGGGCGUCCCAGGAUGUCGAUCCCGUUCUCCAACACCCACUACCGCAUCCCGCAGGGAUUUGGGAACCUGCUGGAAGGGCUGACUCGCGAGAUUCUGCGGGAGCAACCCGACAAUAUACCGGCGUUUGCGGCAGCCUAUUUUGAGAACCUUCUAGAGAAGAGAGAGAAAACCAGCUUUGACCCAGCAGAAUGGGGGACAAAGAUAGAUGACCGCUUCUAUAACAACCAUGCGUUCAAGCCUCUCCCCUGUCCCCAGGAGCAAGAACCACCCGAGAAAUCUGAGCCUGAACAAGGAGAGCCCCAGACGUCUGUGAGAGAGGAGGAGACGCCGGCCACCGCCUCAGAGUCUCCUGAUGAAGAGAAGGAGAAGGAGGAGUAUGCUGCUCUCAAAAUCCAAGCAGCCUUCCGGGGACACUUGGCCAGAGAGGAGGUGAAGAAGAUGAAAUCAGAUCAGCCCCAGGGUGAGGAAGACCAGUGAUGGCCCUGGCUUUGGCCUCCAGACAGUGGAGGGGAUCAUCUAGACCCAUCAACCUUGUUGUGGUGGCCAUUUUUUCCUUAGUAAGGGAGAUUCGAUGUUGUGAAAAUCGGUCGUGAGCAUCUGUUUAAUAAACGUGCCAUUGAGACAGGC